AGAUGAUGAGAUGCUCAGUUUCGGUAACCCACUCCACAGCACUGCACUGGAAGAAGACUUAAGUCCUAAUUUGGGGGAAAAGACAGAGGCACCAAAGACACUGGCCAGGAAGAAAGGAGCAAAAGCUAGUGAGGAAAACCGUAGAGAAACUCCUCUGACACCUGGCCAUGCAAGGAAGGGGCGGACCUCAGGGGGUGUCCAGCCUCCAUCGAGGAGUUCCGCCCAAAAAAGGAGUCAGCCUCGUGCACAGCGAAAGAGCUUUGGAGGAAAGUCAAAGACCAGGCCACUGCAGAGGGUGUCAGAGGGGAUGGAAGUGGAGGAAACGACUGGGUUACGGAGCGCAUCCGCUGACCCUGGUUCUGAGGACUCUGACUCUGCAGGCCCGGUUGCGCAGGGGCCAGCUCCAAAACAGCCACGGGCCACACCCAAGAAGGCCAAGGCUCCAGCUGUCCUGAAAAAGACGCUGCCAACUCACUCUGAAGGCUCCGCUACGUCCCUCAGCCAGGAGACCAGUCCCUCACAGAGCACAGUCACCGAGGCGGGAGAGGGCAGCUCCAAAACAGCAGCUUCAGUACAGCGCAGACGACUCUCCUCCCUGUCCUCCGAGGAGCUAAGUGGGGAGGACCCCAGCUGGCACGCUGAACCAAGGAAGAAGACCUUUGGGACAGACCAUUUGGGAAAGAGGCAGAAAUCCACUUCCAGAUCCUCAGGUGCCCAGAAAAGGAAGUCCUCAUCUGGAUCCCCAGGUAACUCUCCUGGACCAGCCAGACUGCUGCAGCUUGCUUGA